AGACGAGUUUAUUGACCGCCGCCGCGAGAAUUACGUGCGAAGUUGAGUGUGAGCGUCUCAAUUCUCAACUCUUUAAUUGAUUGUGCUUGCUUUGCGUCUACUGUCUCAAGAUGGCUGUCAACAUCCAGGCGGCUGUGGCCAGGAAUGUCUUGGAGGUAUCCAAAGUGAUUGAAGAGCAAAUAGAUGCGGAGAUUGAGAAACUCGACAAAAUGGCCGAUGAGGACCUUGAAGGUCUGCGCCAAAAGCGCCUGGACGCCAUGAAGAAGUACGAGAAGAAGAAGCGCGAGUGGCUCGAGAAGGGCCACGGCGAGUACACUGAGCUGACAUCCGAGCCCGAGUUCUUUGAGGCGUGCAAGGGCAGCGAAGACGUGGUGGUCCACUUCUUUCGCGAGAGCACCUUCCGCUGCAAGAUAGUCGACAAGCACCUGGCCAUCCUCGCUCAGAAACACGUCGAGACACGGUUUUGCAAAAUCAGCGUUGACAAGGCUCCAUUCCUGUGCGAUCGCAUGAAGAUUCGGGUGCUCCCCACCAUUGUGCUUUUCAAGGACUUCAAGUCGAAGGACUUCAUUGUCGGCUUUGACGACCUCGGCGGUGUCGACGACUUCAGCACCGACAUGCUGGAGUGGCGCAUAGCUCGUGCCCGGGUCAUCCGAUACUCUGGGGACCUGAGCGUUCCGCCAACAGAGGCCACAAAGGAACGCAGGCCAAUGUUUACUGUUGAGCGGAAGACUAUCCGCGGAACGCCUGGAGACAACAGUGAUGAUGAUGACUGAUAAAUUCACAACAGUCCUUGGCAUACGAGAAAAAAAAGAGAGAGAAACAUGGGCUGGGCUCAUGGUUUUGUAGGUCAGGCUUUCUCAUGCAUUAGGUUAUUUAUGCGAGCUUCUCAAGAACAAGGGUUGGCUGAGGGGCAACAGCAGUUUUGUACAUUUUUUUAUCCAAUUCGUAUUUAUAAUUUCUGCUCGAAUGAGCCCUUUGCGUCACAUAGUGAACUGUUAUGAACGCGGAACCAGCCCAUCGUAUCUUACGCAGCAGGUGUCCUAGAGAGGUCUCCGGAAUACACAAACAGAAGUAGUGGUGGAAUGGCGGUAAAAUUACGUUGUUUGUUGCUUUGUUCAUGCACCGCCGCUCUUGCAAUGCGCUAUAACUAAGUUUUUUUUUUGCAUUUGACAGAUCGCACUGGACCACAAAAAGGUGUAAUUUUUAAGUUGUUACCAGUGUUGUUCACGCUCGCGUUUCUGGCGACCGUUUCGUACGGUUCUUAAACUGUUUUUAGACAUUUUUGCAUCGUUGUUUGAGGUAUAAUGUCAUGAUUUUAUGUUAUUGCGAUCGUCGACAACACCGGCAAUCGCACUGAAAUAAAGUGAAUGGAUAUUACAAACCAGCUUUUGAUGUGGGUUGCUCCCCAUACACACACACACACACCUGAAAAAAAGUAUUUUCUCAAGGACAAAAAUGUGGGAAGGGGAGGGGGUCCAUUAUAUGUACAAUUAAAUGCAGUAACAAGUCUAGGCUGCAACGAAGGCCCAUUACAAGUUUGCCAUGCCGUCCAAGCACUACAUCAUGUUCACUAUGUUUCAGUUAUGGGGUCAUCUAUAACAUUUGGUGCGCUACCAAAGUUAAUAUUAUAGAUGCAUAUGCUUCAACCUCGUUAUAAAGAAGUCGCAUCCUACACAAGAAUACCAUUGUUAUAUUCAAUAUUCAUUUAGGCAUACACAACAAUAUCGGUAAAAAAAAAAUAGAACGACUACACGAAGGAAACACAAGUGCAACGAAUAGUUGGCAGUUGCAUCAUGCGUAACAGCGGAUAUCCUUGCGAAAAUUCUCGAACGAACUUCCUCUGAUGUUGUUCUAUGAAUGCAGGAGUGCAGUGUCCAUCUUGUGCUGCAUAUGAGCAGAUGGCAGAAUGCCAUUACCGUCAUCUAUUUAUCUCGCUAUCUAUUUCCAUAGUGUUUUCACACUUCCUUUGUAAUUGUACAACUUAUUUUACAAUGUGCAUGUUCUUGUCUGUUUGUUUCUUUUUUUCUACCAAAAUAAAGCUGCCUUCAUGGGGAGCAUACUAUA